AAUUGCGAUGUAAACAAACAGUCCUGAGAUGUUUACAGACGAAGUGGCGAGCACGUGUGUUUCCAGUUCGGCAAUUUUAAAUUAGUUUAUUUGUUUUAGUCUUGUGUAAUAAAGUUUUCACUAAGAUCCUCGAAUCCGUCUUGCUGUGUUUUCAUAUCCUCGACAACGUAAACGCUUUCCGCGAAGGCUGUCAAUUUCUAGCUAACCUCCUUGAAGACGAGUGAAGAUGGUCGUUAUCACGAACUUUUCUCCUCCAACGGAAGGUCUAAGGCACGUUGAGGAAAAUACUGUGGCCGUUAUGAACAACAAAGAACUAGGAUCAGGAACAUUAUAUGUAUCAGAAAGCAACUUAUCAUGGAAAAACGUUGACACAGACUCCGGCUUUUCUUUGGAAUACAUACACAUUGCUCUUCAUGCAGUCAGUAGAGACCUCACAGCAUAUCCUAAAGAAUGUCUCUACGUCAUGGUUGACAAGAAAUUAGAAGAUGAUGAAGAAGCGGCGGAAGAUGAAGAGUCUGAUGAAGAAGGGGAUUCCAAUUCUGGCAUGACAGAGAUGAGAUUUAUUCCUGAAAAUAAAAGUUCCUUGGACAGUAUAUUCACUGCGAUGAACUAUUGCCAGUCCCUGCAUCCUGAUCCAGUUCAGAGCCUUUCAGAGGAUGAAGGGGAGGAGGAUGAAGAUGAAGAUGAGAUGGGAGAUGAGGAUGAUCGCCACAUAGGAGUUGCUGCCAAUGGUUGUGCAAAUGGACUCAAUGGAAGCGAUCACACACCAAUGGAAACAGAUGGUCAAUUUGAAGAUGCAGAAUCUUAGUCACUCAGCAAAGCAGAAAUCAGCUGUGGUAAACGUAAAGCGUAUAUUGUCAGUGGAACUCAAAAAUCAUGUAUCUUGUUUGCGGUGUUAACAAGUCCCUGCUCCCGUUUUAUUUUUUCCAGGAGGACAAUCUGAUAUCAUUCCUUAAAGUUCUUUAGAAUUUCCUUCGGAAGAGUAGAAAGAUCAUGCUAGUUUUCAAGAGUUUAAGUUGGGUAGUUCUCUAUCUAAAAAAUAAAGUAUGACAGGAAGUUUGCAACUUCGCAAAUUGAGAUACAUGCUUUGGGAGUUUCAUCAAUGAUGCGACAGUUUUCAUUCAAAAUACAAAAGUUGUGAUAAAGUAGGUUUCAGAAACCAACAACUGACCAGUCUGAACCAGUCUGUUCUUUAAUACGCUUUGAAACUUUUGCAUGUGGUCUGAUAGUGUUUUGAAAGUCAUUUUUUAGUAAUUGAGAUCUUCCUUGUCAGGUCAUUUUCUGAAACUGAACAAAAAUUUUUGUUGGUUGUUUACAUUUCUUGUCAAAACAUUUUUGUUUUCAUGGCCUCAUUUUUUCUAUUUAUUAUAUCAAUGUUAAAUACUGAACUUUAUCAUUGAAGUAAUGACAUAACAUUCUAUGAGGAGUGUGGAUUGUUCAGGAAAUGAAUUAUUUUUUAGUUGUGUUGAAUGUAAUCUUUAAAUAUCACUAAAUUGAGAACUUCAGGAGCAUUUUCAUUACUUGAGUGUAUUGUCAAAAACACAAUUUAAAUUUUAAAUUUCAAAGCAGCUUGUAUCACUCUUAUUUUAAUCACGUUUAAAAGUAUGCGAUAAAACCCCUUCCAUAAUGAAAACAAUUGUAAUCUUUUCUCACGAAUUUUACAAGCACUCACUCUUCACAUUAAUUGUUUCAUUUUUUCUAUGACAAAAUAAAAAAAAAAUUAAAUGAAAAUCCAGUA